UUGACUUUGGUGUCUCAAAAGCAGCACACAAAUUAGAGAAAUUUAAGAAAGCAAAAAGAUAAACCAAAGUUUUAUUUUUAUUUUUCUUCUCUCUUCCAAAUGGAAAACAACAAAUCAGAAAAUGAUAAUGAAGUGGAAAUUGAUCUCAGCUUGAAACUUGAUGCUAGAGAAGAAGAAAAUGAAGAAAAUCAAAUUGUAGAAUCAUCACAAUUGAAUGAGAAAACACAACCAAAAGAUCAAGAAUUACCAAAAACUCAUGAAGAGUUAUCGAUGUUAGAAAAGGAGAUGAAGAGGAUGAAAGAGGAAAACAAGGUAUUGAGGAAGGCAGUGGAGCAAACAAUGAAAGAUUACUAUGAUCUACAAGCAAAAUUCUCAAUUCAUCAAAAUAAUCACAAGGAUCACAAAAGUUUUCUUUCAUUGAGUGGAAAUGAUGAUACAAAUGAAGGACAAACAAAGGUUCCAAAAAUCUUGGAUAUUUUAAAUACUAAUAGAAUUUCAUCACCAACAUCAUUAGAAGAUGAUACUAUGGAUGGUGAUCAUGAAUUAGGGUUAUCUUUGACUUUGGUUAGUAGUAAUAGUACUACAAGCAGCAAAUUAGUGGAAAUAUUAGAAGAAGAUCAAAGAAAGGAGAAAAAAGAUCAUCCUUCAAUUAAUCAUCAACUACAAAAUAAACCACAAAAUUUGGGAGGAUUAACAAGUCAUGUCACUACAGCUUCUCCACCAAACAGAAAAUCUAGGGUUUCAGUUAGAGCAAGAUGUGAAUCCGCUACAAUGAAUGAUGGUUGUCAAUGGAGAAAAUAUGGUCAGAAAAUUGCUAAAGGAAGUCCUAAUUGUCCUAGGGCUUACUAUCGUUGCACGGUGGCGCCCGGUUGUCCAGUUAGAAAACAGGUACAAAGAUGUUUGGAGGACAUGUCGAUAUUGAUUACAACAUAUGAAGGAACACAUAAUCAUCCACUUCCAGUAGGUGCAACAGCAAUGGCAUCAACAGCAUCAGCAGCAGCUUCAUUCAUGUUAGUGGAUUCAAGUAUUAGUCCUCUUCUUAAUCACAAUUCCAAUUUAAACCAACCACUUAAUUUCCCUAAUUACCACCAUAAUCUAGCACCUAAUUACCAUCACUCUUCUUCUUCUUCACCUUAUAAUAAUUUCUCCAAUUUAAGAACCAAUAUUCUUAAUUCUAGUGAUCCUAAUAAUUCUUCACAAGGGAACUUAGUUCUUGAUCUCACCAAAAAUAUGUCAAAUAAUAAUCAUCAAUUCCCCUUUGCAAGUUCUUCUUCAAAUAAUCAUGAAAUUGGACAUUCUAAUUGGAUGUCUAAAUUAUCUAAUUAUGAAGGGAAUAACCUUUUUUCUGGUCCUAAAUUACAAGGUGAACAUAAUAAUAAUAAUAAUAAUAAUAAUAAUAUUCCUCCUAUGUUGGCUCAUGAAAAUAUGAGUGCAAUUGCUUCUGAUCCUAAGUUUAGGGUUGCUGUUGCUGCUGCUAUUUCUUCGCUCAUUAAUAAAGAUCAAAGCCAUUCAACUGGAGAGAGUUGAAUGAUGUUAUACUACGCAAUAUACAUGCUCGAGACAGAUUCAAAAUUUAAAUUCAAUGAAUUAUACCUUUUAAGGUGCUUAGCAUCACGCAUUGUAAUUUUAGAAUUAUGAUUCAGAUAUUAUAUUUGUCAAAAUUUUAGUACUUUAUUUUUCUAUAUAUA